GACGUACGAUGAGGAGUUUUCUCUUUGCUAGAAAGGAAUCGUGAGAGAAAUUUACUAGAACAGUAUACAUACGUGUGCUGAGUAGGAGUGUAACUUCAGGAAAGGACAAAAUAAAAGAAAUCCAUCACCAUCCAUUCUUGUCAGUCCUUUUUCUAAGUACGUUAAACGUGCACCGUAUAAGAAGCGACAAAGAAUAACAUGAAUUCGUUUCAUUACAGAAGGACUCGAAAGCCUCAAUGACGAGAGGAGGAGCAUCGGUUUCCUUGACUGAUUUCAUUUCAUUUUCACUGUUUACCUACGUAUCCACCUUGCACCUUCGUAUAAAAAGUAACACAUCUCACUGCAGCCCUUUAAUUGUCAAAAGGUUGCUACUGUCGUAUGGAGUAUUUUUGUUCAAUUCUUUGAGAUGCAGGAGGAAGAGGAUGAUUUAGCAUUUUUUACGAAACCAAUAAAAAAGCCUCCUUUAAACUUAGCGAAACGGUUAAGUCAUCCAUUGUCAGACUCUGAUGAAAACUCCGACCAAGAGCCUUCGGUCGAAAAGCCUCCUCUAAAGCACAUUCGUUCGGAAAGUAAAAAUUCCUCUAGGACGUCUACUCUAGCCAAUACGAAGGCAGAGCCUUCUGUUUCGUCUACCUUACCUUCUGCUGUUUCUCCAAGGAAAGAAGAGGAUGAUCCUUUGAGCAACGUACGUUCAUCAGGGUCUUCGGGAAACACACCUCAUCCUUAUGCUACAAGAACUGCAAUUUCUGCUUUCCGAAGCAACAGUCUUAACACCAUUGAUACUCCACCCCAGACGCCUUUCUUAGAUGAUGACUUUACGAAACGACUUCAAGAGCUGGAUCGUCAAGUGGAAGAAUUUCAGAACGUAUCGAAGGAACAAACGGAUAUCGAUGUAAAUCUUGUCUUACGUGAUACCAGCCCUUCCAAAGAUGCUGCUGCUGCCGGUCUGAGAUCCCAUAGCUUACCGCAAACGGACUCCUCCAACUUGGCAGCAGAAGACCCCCUUGCUUCGCCUCAAAUAGACCAUGUACCUGUAGUAUUGCAGUUGGCUGUGAUAGGACAAAAGGUUCCUGGAAGCAGCACGUUCCUGCCUGCUGAUUGGGAGUCUCCGCUUCUCUUCAAGGUAAAAUCCAAUCAGCAGUUCCGUCGCGUCCGAAAUGCUUACACAGUAAGAAAACAAGUUGAAGAUGUUGUUUUUGUCUUCCAAAAUCGACGGCUCUGGGACUUUGGUACCCCUAAAGGCGCUGGAAUGCUAAAAAUUGACACGCGCUUGGUGAUUCAUGCCUUCCACAAAGCAGAUUAUGAAUUUCUGCAGCAGCAAAAGUCGCAAGAAGAAGCAAAACUUCUUUCACGGGAAGAGCCAAAAACAAUUCCCGUAAAACGACACAUAUCUAUUUUAGUUCGACCGAAAAAAGGACAGGAUGUUCACCUUUCGAUACCUGUAGACACUUUGAUUGAAGAUGUUAUUCGAAAGUAUUGUAAGCAAACAGAGGUUCCAUUUCAUGAAGGCAUACGGCUAGAAUUUGAAGGAGACUGGUUAGACCCAAAGGACAGCUUGGAAAAUACAGAAAUUGAGGACGAAGAUCAAAUUAAUAUUCUACUUUAAAAAAAAAAAAAAAUUCACAGGGUUCCACGUUAUUUAUAUUUUCUCACAUUAUUGCAUAAUUUUGUUUUAUUUUAGAUUACGACCAUUGUUGUAAAUAGAUAUUCAUAAAUAUAUCAUCACUUUUUCCCAAAUAAAGGAUAUAAU